AUGAGCAUGGUUCUCAAGGAAGUCAGAGGGCUCCACAGAGCCAAUUCCAACACUCAGCCAAACUCUGUCAAGGUUCCUAGGGACGAAGAAGAAAUCGAACCUGAAGAAUUCGAUGCUGGAAACAACAACGACUCCCAGUCUUGUAUGAACCAAAUCGCCGGACAGCAAACUCUUCUCCUUCUCCACCAUGAAGGUCGAGGGGCCUGGAACUGGGCCCCAACUGAACCUCACCUUUCGGAAAGUGAGUAUUCUCCGUCAAUCUCUCCUGCUCUCUCGCUGACCCCACCGACGAUGACUCCUUCCAAUCGAUUCGCCGCAGGACUUCCGCAGGAAAUCUUCAUCCAGAUGAUGCAGAAUCUUAGCUCGAAAGAUCUGAGCUGCCUCCCAUACUGGAUUGAAGCGGAGAGAAUGAUGGCCACGUUCAAGCUCUACAACACCGCCUAUUUUACCGAAGCCGUUCUCCAUACCACCAUCUCCAAGUGGAGAAACGCGCCGCCAGAGGAAAAAGCAGAGCUGAAGAAUGGAGUCGUCCACGGAACAGGUCUCGGCCAGAUUGUCAAAGAAACCAUCCAUGCUAUCCGAGCUCAUCCAGAGCGUUUCGACAACAAGCGAAAGCUAGAGAUCGCUUAUGAUUUGCUCCAGAUCGGUUACUCGUUGAAGAAGAGCGACAUUGCCGUUCUGAUCAACUUGUGCCACUACGAGGAAAGCAACAUCGUUCCAUUGGAGGAAGUCAUUCUCUUCUGCAAGACGAACUUCUCCCACUUCCUCGUCCGGGAAAUCAAACCAGAGCUCAAGAUGACGAUGAUCAACUCUGCCGCCUGCUGGCUCGGCUCGAGCACGUACCCGUUCACCUGGCCCGAGUACGAUCUCAUCCUCCUCACCAAAACACUCGGCGACUACAUUUGCUGCGAAGAAUUCCGCCACAUCGGACUCGAGCGAACUAUCCCCGAGAUCUUCCUCAGCAUUGACAUUUCUUUUGAUAAGAAGCACCCAGAUGGACGACUUUUGACGAUUCACUGGCUUGAUGCCUUCCACCGGGUCUUUGGAAAACGGGCCGAGGACCACGAGCUCUUCAAGCAAAUCGUCAUCCGUUGCGCAAUUGUCCUCCACGCCGCCGACUUCAACAAUUUCACCCAGAAGGAUUGGAGCUGCAUCAUUCGCGCCUGUGGUCGAUUCUCGGGAGAGCGCGUGGUACAUGAUCUGCUUUUCAAGCUGGCGAAGUGUAUUCCAGAUUACAAUCCCAACGUGAGGGACAUUCUCCACAACUUUGUCAAACUCGAUCGGGCUGAAGUCAAGUCGCGAAUUCUCCGAAACUACGUUGCCGCCAGCUUGACUAAAUUGGGAAAUCAUAAUAAACUUGCUCUCUGCGAGUGCAAGACCACACUCGGCCACGUCCGAAGCUGCUACGGAGUCAAGAAAAACGAGCUCCUCGACGCUAUGGACAUCAUCAUCACUUCCGAAGGAUUUGUCAGCAAGACCGUCAUGGACUUUUGCCGAAACCUCAGCCGAAGCCGAUCCCAAAGCCGAGCGUCCGUCGUCUCCUGGUAA